UAUCUCCGAUAGCUGAUUUGAAUUCAUCUGUGUCGGACAUCAUGAUAUCUGGUCCUCCCCUAUCCUCGUCGUCGUCCUCAACGACCAUCACAGACAGUCGACUUGAACCACAGCAAGCGACAACUUCCAAGAUUCUCCAGAAAAUCGAGCUUUUUGCACCUGCUCAUAUCGACCAAGCUACAGCGUUGCGUCACAACUACGCAGGCAAUGGAACCGUCGCGACCCCGUUCAUUGUCGUAUUUCUACCAAACGAUCCCCAAGAUGCCACCACCUUCUCGACUUUCCGGAAGUGGAUGAUCACUUGUCAUCAGGCGGUAGCAACCUUGGCUGUCACGUUUGCGAGCUCGGCUUAUUCGGGGGGGAUACGAGAGAUCAUUCGCGCCUUCGAAGUAUCCCAUGAAGUGGCUAUUCUUGGCGUUUCGCUAUACGUUCUUGGUUUCGCCAUUGGGCCACUUCUCUGGGCUCCUCUGUCUGAGCUGUAUGGUAGACAGCGCAUCUUCAUAAUCACAAUGAUGGCUGUCACAGCGUUCAAUGCUGGAGCUGCUGGAGCAACCAGCAUGCCUGCCUUGCUUGUCCUUCGCUUUUUCGCCGGCGCCACUGGCUCGUCAACAUUGACUAAUGCCGGCGGAGUCAUUGCGGAUAUGUUUAAUGCCUCCCAGCGAGGACUUGCUACUAGCCCAAUUGUUGGCGGGUUUCUCAGUGAGACGGAGGGUUGGCGCUGGCUCCACGGCUUGAUGGCUAUUUUCACAGGCGUUCUUUGGAUCCUUGGGACUCUCUUUGUCCCGGAGACUUAUGCCCCUGUUCUUCUUCGGCGUCGAGCCCAAAUGCUCUCUAAAACCACUGAUAGAGCCUACAUUUCGACCAUCGACGCUGGAAAACCACCAAAAUCGCUUGUUGACCAAUGCAAGACGGCACUUACCCGGCCGUGGGUCUUACUCUUCAAAGAGCCCAUUGUCUUACUCACCUCUGUAUACAUCGCUAUCAUCUACGGUACUUUAUACUUGAACUUUGCAGCGUUCCCUAUUGUCUUUCAGGUAGAGAGAGGCUGGAGCCCAGGCAUCGGUGGAUUACCUUUUAUCGGGACUGCAGUUGGAGUUGUCUUAGCGACUCUAACUGCUGUUUUCGAUAACAAGCGUUAUACACGGUUGGUAGCUGCCAAAGGGGGCAUUGUUGAGCCAGAAGCAAGACUUCCUCCCGCUAUGGUGGGAUCUAUCAUGAUCCCCGUCGGCCUUUUCUGGUUCGCUUGGACGUGCGGUCCAACUAUUCACUGGGCUGUGCCAAUCGUGGGCUCCGUUUUCUUUGCCUGUGGCCUUGUUAUGGUUUUUCUAUCGCUCCUGAACUACCUAAUCGACUCUUAUGUCGUCUAUGCUGCUUCUAUCCUGGCGGCCAACUCAGUUCUCCGAUCGGUAUUCGGUGCAGUGUUUCCCCUAUUCACUCAGAAAAUGUAUGAGAAUUUGGGAAUACACUGGGCUAGCUCUAUCCCAGCAUUUCUAGCAGUUGCCUGUGUUCCCUUCCCGUUUUUAUUUUAUUCAUACGGUGGCAGAAUCCGGAUGAAGUGCGAAUAUGCCUCCGAAGCUGCUAAAGUUCUCCAAAAAAUGCGUACCCAACACCAGAUCACGACGGAAGAUGAGGCCAUGGUCGAAGCUGAGGAGGUUUGGAGGUCCCGGUCCCACAGCAUUGCAUGA